AUGACUUAUAAUCUUAUGGUAAGGAUCGGCAGGGUGUGCAUUAUAACAGAUGGCCCGCAGAAGGGAAAACUUGUUGCAAUCGUCAAUAUCAUCGACGCUAAUAGAGCGCUGUGUCAAGGUCCGGGCGUUCCGCGAGGGGCAUUCAAGUUCAGAAAUUUACGGCUUACGAAGUUCCUUCUGAAUAUCCAUCACCUGAUAUCGCCAAAGAAGUUGAUGGCCAUAUGGAAGGCCGAAAAAAUCAAUGAAAAGUUUGCAGAAACAACAUUCGCAAAGAAAAGGAAAAUGUUUGAACUGAGAAGCAAGUUGUCAGAUUACGAACGGUAUAAGCUGCGCAAGGCGAAACAGAUGCGUAAUCGCAUCAUUCGAAUGGAGUUUCACAAGCUUAAACAUUCGAACAAAAAGCCGAGACCGUCAGUUCUGAAACAAAAAGAGGAAAAGAAGCAAAAGAAAGCUGGGAUGAUGCCUGCCGCCAUAGUUUCAGAGAUCAAAGAAGAAAUUUAG